GUAUCAGUAUUUAACUCCUUAGCUUCUCAUACAAAAUGGACAACGCUACAAUUUUUGUGAUUUUUACUUUGUUCAUGUUAUUUACAGCUAUGAAUACGAUUGAAGCUGAAACUUGCACAUACACUGAAAAAGGUCCUGUAAUUGCCACAACCCCUUUAGUGAGUUUUCUUGAAAGAGUUCAAGAAUCUGCUCUUCAAGCUUAUGGCCAAAAAGGGUUUGAUGCUAAACAUUUUGUUGAUAUGUCACUGAGAAAGAAUCUUUCAGUGACAGUUGAAGCUUUUGAUAAGCUUCCAAGAACUGUGAAUGGUUCAAUACUAGCAAAUGAUUUGGAUGGUUUUAUAGUUAACUAUUUAAGGAAAGUUGAUGAGGAUUUGGUUUAUGUUGAGCCUGUGGAUUAUGUAGCUGAGCCUGAAGGUUUUUUGCCAAACGUGAAGAAUCCUGAAGUGAGGAAAUGGGCAUUGGAGGUGCAUUCACUUUGGAAGAAUUUAAGUAGAAAAGUGUCUGAUAAUGUAUUGGAAAAGCCAGAGUUGUAUACUUUGCUUCCGUUGAAAAAUCCAGUCAUUAUAGCGGGAUCGCGUUUUAGAGAGGUUUAUUACUGGGAUUCUUACUGGGUAAUAAGGGGCUUGUUAGUAAGCAAGAUGUAUGAAACUGCAAAAGGGAUUGUUACUAAUCUGAUUUCUUUGAUAGAUCAAUAUGGUUAUGUUCUUAAUGGCGCACGAGCAUACUACACUAACAGAAGUCAGCCUCCUGUCCUGGCAGGGAUGAUCGUUGACAUAUACAAUCAAACGGGUGAUUUAGACUUGGUUAGAGGAUCUCUUCCUGCUUUGCUCAAGGAGUAUCACUUUUGGAGUUCAGGAAUACAUAGAGUGACUAUUCAAGAUGCUCAGGGAUCAAACCACAGCUUGAGUCGGUACUAUGCUAUGUGGAAUAAACCCCGGCCAGAAGCGUCAACUAUUGAUAAGAAAACAGCUACCAAACUCCCAAAUAUCUGUGAAAAAAGAGAAUUUUAUCGCGACCUGGCGUCAGCUGCUGAAAGUGGAUGGGAUUUCAGUUCAAGAUGGAUGAGGAACGAAUCUGAUCUCACAACAACUAGUACAACAUCAAUUUUACCAGUUGACCUGAAUGUAUUCCUUCUGAAGAUGGAAAUUGACAUAGUAUUUCUAGCAAAUAUUAUUGGAGAAAGUAGUGUGGUUGCACAAUUUACAGAAGCUUCUCAAAAUAGACAAAGGGCCAUUAACUGUAUCUUUUGGAACGCGGAGAUGGGGCAAUGGCUUGAUUACUGGCUUGGCAGCAGUAACACAUCCGAGGAUAUUUAUAAAUGGGAAGAUUUACACCAGAACAAGAAGUCAUUUGCCUCUAACUUUGUCCCUUUGUGGACUGAAUUAUUUCGUUCAGAUAAGAUCACAACUCAAAAAGUAGUUCAAAGUCUCCGGAGCUCGGGCCUUCUUCAACCUGCAGGGAUUGCAAUGACCUUGUCUAAUACCGGACAACAAUGGGAUUUUCCAAAUGGUUGGCCACCCCUUCAACACAUAAUCAUUGAAGGUCUCGCAAGGUCGGGGCUAGAAGAGGCAAGAGCCUUAGCUAAAGACAUUGCUGUCCGGUGGAUAAGAACGAAUUAUGUAGCUUACAAGAAAACGGGUGCAAUGUAUGAAAAAUAUGAUGUGACAAAAUGUGGAGCAGCCGGAGGUGGUGGCUUUUAUGUAGCUCAAAUUGGUUUUGGAUGGGCAAAUGGUGUUGUACUGGCACUUCUGGAGGAAUUUGGAUGGCCUGAAGACUUGAAGAUUGAUUGCUACUGAGCAAUAGAAGAGUAACCAAAACAAAUCUGAUUAGCUUCACAAAAAAAAAAAAAAAUACUUGUUUGCUUUUUGUCAUUUUUACUAUAGAAACCAGCA